UUCACCGGACUAGAGAACUGCGGGAGAGAUACAGGAAUACGCAUCUUCAUUAUUUUUCCCUCCAUCAGUCUCAGGCAAUGACAUAUUCACACUGAAAGGGAGAAACUCGGACUAUAAUCUAAAAUGACGGUGGAUUUCGAAGAGUGUAUCAAAGAUUCACCCAGAUUCAGGGCGAACAUCGAUGAAGUGGAGACGGAGGUGGUGGAAAUCGAAGCUAAGCUAGACAAGUUGGUGAAGCUAUGCAGUGGGAUGAUCGAGGCUGGCAAGGCUUACAUCAGCGCCAACAAGCUGUUUGUGAGCGGGGUCCGCGACCUGUCCCAGCAGUGCAAGAAGGACGAGAUGAUAUCAGAGUGCCUGGAAAAGUGCGGAGAAAGCCUCCAGGAAAUAGUCAACUACCACAUAAUUCUGUUUGACCAAGCCCAAAGGUCCGUGAAGCAGCAGCUGCACAACUUUGUUAAAGAGGACGUGCGUAAGUUCAAGGAGACCAAGAAGCAGUUUGAUAAAGUGCGGGAGGACAUGGAGAUUGCCCAAGUGAAGAACGCCCAGGCUCCCCGGAACAAGCCCCACGAGGUGGAGGAGGCCACCGGCACCCUCAGCAUCACCCGCAAGUGCUUCCGACACCUGGCCCUGGACUACGUGCUGCAGAUCAAUGUUCUUCAGGCAAAGAAGAAGUUUGAGAUCUUAGACGCAAUGCUGUCCUUCAUGCAUGCUCAGUACACCCUGUUUCAGCAGGGCUAUACCCUGCUGGAGGAGAUCGAUCCCUACAUGAAGAAGCUGGCAGCAGAGCUGGAUCAGUUGGUGAUAGACUCUGCUAUGGAGAAGAGAGACAUGGAACACAAGCAUGCCACCAUUCAGCAGAGGACCCUCCUGCAGGACUUCUCCUACGAAGAGACGAAGGCGGACUUCAACGUGGACGCCCCCAACGGCGUGGUGAUGGAGGGAUACCUGUUCAAGAGAGCCAGCAAUGCCUUCAAGACGUGGAACAGGCGGUGGUUCUCCAUACAGAAUAGCCAGCUGGUGUAUCAGAAGAAGCUAAAGGACUCGCUGACAGUGGUGGUGGAGGACCUACGGCUCUGCUCGGUCAAGCCCUGUGAAGACAUCGAGAGGAGGUUCUGCUUCGAGGUCGUGUCCCCCACCAAGAGCUGCAUGCUGCAGGCUGAGUCGGAGAGGCUGCGUCAGGCCUGGAUUCAGGCUGUGCAGGCCAGCAUCGCCUCUGCCUACAGAGAGAGCCCCGACAGCUACAGCAUCCAGCGUCUGGAUCGGACAGCUUCUCCGUCCACCAGCAGCAUCGACUCGGCCAGCGAGCCGCGGGAACGGAGUGGCCGUGGGGAGAGCCACCUGCAGCGCAUCCAGAACAUUCCGGGAAACGACCAGUGCUGCGACUGCGGCCAGGCAGACCCACGCUGGGCCAGCAUCAACCUGGGCAUCCUGCUCUGCAUCGAGUGCUCUGGCAUCCAUAGGAGUUUGGGGGUUCACUGCUCCAAGGUGCGCUCUCUCACACUGGACUCAUGGGAACCGGAGUUACUGAAAUUGAUGUGUGAGCUGGGAAACGGCAUCAUCAACCACAUCUACGAGGGAACGUGUGAGGAACUGGGUCUCAAGAAGCCGGGGCCUUCCAGUUCAAGGCAGGAGAAGGAGGCGUGGAUCAAAUCCAAGUACGUGGAGAAGCGCUUCCUGAAGAAGAUGGCGGGCAGCGAGGUGCUGGUGAACGGGCGUAAGCCUGGCCGCUGGAGUGUGAAGAAGUGCCAGCGACACAACAGCUCCGGCAGGGCGCCCAAAUCCCGCCGCAAACACCGACAGGAGCCCGGCAGCGCCUCCCCCGGCAACCUGUCCGCAGCUGCUGCCCUGGAGAGAAAGUUCCGCCGGGAUUCACUCUUCUGCCCCGAUGAGCUGGACACGCUCUUCUCCUACUUUGACACAGGCUCUGGUCCCCGCAGUCUGAGCAGCGACAGUGGACUUGGCGGUAGCACCGACGGCAGCACAGACAUCCUGGUGUUCGGCUCGGUAGUGGACCGCGUCACAGAGGAAGAGUGCGAGGUUUCGGAGGAGUCGAGCGGGGAGGCGGAGCUGGAGACGGAGGCGGAGGCGUGGGAGCAGGAGGAGGUGCAGGAGCUGCUUCCGGGGGCGCUGCUGUACCGGGCGUCGCGAGCGCGGAACCUCCCGGUCAUGGCCGAGGCGCUGGCACAUGGAGCCAACGUCAACGCCGACAGCCAGGAGGACGAGGGCAAGAGCCCGCUCAUACAGGCCGUCAUAGGGGGCUCCUUGAUAGCCUGCGAGUUCCUCCUUCAGAACGGCGCAGACGUCAACCAAAGAGACAGGCGGGGAAGAGGUCCACUGCACCACGCCACGUAUCUGGGACACACAGGGCAGGUGUGUCUGUUCCUGAAGCGGGGGGCCACGCAGAACGACGGGGACGACGCGGGGCAGGACCCCCUGAGCAUCGCUGUGCAGGCCGCCAACGCUGACAUCGUCACUCUGUUGCGGCUGGCCCGGAUGAACGAGGAGAUGCGGGAGUCUGAAGGCCCAUUCGGACAGCCAGGUGACACAACGUAUCUCGACAUCUUUCGGGAGUUUUCACACAUGGCGUCGCACAACCCCGAGAAGCUGAAACGAAGGAGCGUGCAUUUCCGCCACUCCUUCAGGUAGCCUCCUGCAGACCAGAGCCCUGCCUCCCUGCCCCCCCCUGCUCUGCUGGUAGAGCCCUGCUCCUGAUCACAGAGAACCCUCUCCUCCAUCUGCUCCUCAAAUUCCCUGGUCCAGUGAAGUCCUGUGUCAUUACGCACUGUGAUGCCAUUUCUGCACUUAUUCACAUAUCCACUCUGCCAUAUUUUAGGGUGCCCAAUUCCUAGGACAUGUGCUGAAUGAACUCCAAGUAUUCUGUCAUCCCACAAAUCAUAUGGGACCAUGCAUAUUUUAAAUAUAGUUCAAUUAUACAAAACAAAUACUAGCUCAUAAAGACAUGCUGAAUUAAUUAAUGUGUAAUUUUGUGAGAGCAUAUACAUAAACAUACAUGAUCAAUUUAGAACUGACUGACUGAGCCCAUAUAUAAUUUAUGUGAAAUAGGUCCAUACCUGUGUUUGAUUUCAUAACCAUAUUUAUUUUAAUUUGGAAUUUGCACUUAUCUCUUCUCCCCCGUUGUUUCAGAAAUCUCUGAAAUCCAGCAUUGAGUUCCAACAUCACUUAGCUGUAUUUUUGAGGUGCUUACCCUCUCCUUACCUGCCUACAGAUUAUGUUUGGGAUUUGGCUGCCUUCAUGUGGUUUAGACAGACAAUCUAAUUCUGAAUAUGUUGUAUUUGUGCUCAGUAUUGUAGAUGCCUUAUGAUGUUUAUACCACUGUUGACAAACACCCACAUCAGAAAAAACUAUGAUUGCUAUAUAUUUCAAAUAUAUUGCUGUAUUUACCAAGUAUAUGGCAAAUAUAUGUUGAUUAUUCCUCAUAUAUGUUUCUUAUAUUUACAGUAUAUGAAAGGUGCAUUGCAUAUUUCCGUGCCAAUUAUUCAUAUUUUGGCAUAUAUUUAAAAAAUAUUUUGUUAGGUAUGUUUUUUCUGAGUGGUAUCCUCUAUACCAUGGAUCCUCAGUCCUCGGGGGCACCUGUUCAUACUGGUUUAAAUUCCAACCACUGUUUCAACCCCUAAAUAAUAAUAAGCUCUUAAUUGUUCAUUAUUUGUCCUUAAUGGUUUAUAGGAGGUGUUGGUUUAUUGCUUAAAAUGUCAGAUUACAGGGGAGAUUCUCUCAUUCGUUACAUUUUUUUUACAUUGCUUGCAGAUGUUUGCCUAGAGUGAUUCCGUGCAAGCUUCAUGGGGAAAGACAGGUCUCUUCCUCUUACUUUACUUGCUCCAAUUCGUUUUAUUUAUUUUUAGCCAGUUUUUGCUUUUGAAAAUUUUUGACCCAGUUAACCCUCUCCAGCUAACUCCUGAGCUGGUCUGGUGUCCCCUGAAUAGCAGAUAUUUCAUAGGUCAGUCUGAACAAAAUAACCACUGCAUUGAUUCUGUCAUAUAUCUAUGUUAACCUCUCACAGGAGUAUUUUUGAAGGGACAGUGAACAGCGUACAGCAAUGCACUAAUGAAGAAAUGCAGUACGUUGAAGGUCUUUCGUUCAUGCCGAUGGUUUUAGUCUAUGUCUUAAAUGCAUGUUCGCAGUUAUUCUAUUAUUGUACUGUGUGUAAUGCUGCAGAUUGAUCUGCAGUCUCACAGCUCAACAGUAAAUGAUCCAUGCUGUCCGUCCAAGACCAGGUUGACUAACUUGGGUCAAGGCUGUUCCAGUAGUACCAGCUAUGACUUCAGAACUCAACUUCUGAUUCUGUCUUAUGUUAGUACAUUGAAAAUCUCCUAAGUUCUUUUUCACUGUUUUUGUUUAGACUGUCUUCUCUAACACACGUCAAACUAUACAGUCAGUGAUUUUCAUAAUAGAAAAUACAACCACUGUAUGGUCAUGACUUUAUCCAUUUCUAUACAAUACAGGAGAACAUGUAGUCAAUCAAGUUUCCUUUCUUGUAGUCAAUCAAGUUUCCUUUCUUGGAGUCAAUCAAGAUUUCUUUAUCAUUUCAAACAUAAGGAUAGCAUAGGAUUCCAUUACAUUGCAUGUAUUUGUUGUUGGGUUUUUUACAUUAAAUUGUACAUGAAAGACAUUAUUUUAUGCAAUGACUAUGCUGGUGUAGUCUUAAAUUGUCUGUAACUUCAGUGUAAAGAUGCGCUAAAAGUAUCUAUAUUAUAAAGUGAAAUGUACAUAAACAUUUUAGAUGCAAAAUGCUAAUAUAUCUGAAAUGGACGGUGUUUUGUAAUAUGUUGAGGCCAUUGACUAAGCCUUUAUGGAAUGAAAAUAAAUAAUGGUUUUAAUUAGAAA